AUGUUGACAGCAGAAACGACUGUCUGUGCCGGUUUAUCGGGUUGGGUAGUCGCAUUGUCUGCAUGGUCUGCUAUGGAAGAAGAAGCCGAAGGACAAACGAAUGAUCGGAUGCUGUUUGGCGUGAUUCGGAUCCCAGGUCGGGUUAUGCCGUACAUGAUCAUUGGAUUUUAUUUCUUUCUCGUACCCGACACGUCGCUGGUACUUCAUCUACUCGCUGCUGGAACUGCAUAUCUCUUUAUGAAAAACAAGAUACCGCCCAGAAUACUGCCAUCCAGUGAUUUCUACAAACACUAUGAGAGUCGGCCGUGGCUGGAACGCGUCACUAACAACUCCCGAUACGUUUCCGUGGACUCAGCUACCGAGGCUUAUUUACCCAUCCACAACACGAGUAGCAGCCACAUUAGCAACAGUAGCACACCAGCAUCCCAUAAUGUGAAUGUUUCUGGUGGCUUUCCCGGCCAAGGAGUGCGACUUGGUGAUGAAUAA